AUGUCCAAGUCUGAACUUAAUCCAAGGACGACACACUACGGAUUUUUUGGUCCGCCCGGCGCGCUCUUCAUCAUCCUCAUCCUUCCCAUCAUUACCUAUGCUCUCUACUUUGGCUGCUCCGAAGAAACUGGGGGAUGCCCACCGACUAUCACCCCUGAUCGUGUCAUUCACGCUGUAUCAAGUCUAGAAUGGUGGAAAGGUCUCUGGGAUACCGAAGCCACCAGCAUCUACCUCGUGUGGUACGCGUUUUGCGUCGUCGCAUGGGCUAUACUACCCGGAGACCAGAUCGAGGGAGUCACUUUACGCAACGGGGAGAAGAAAAAAUAUAAGAUCAAUGCUUUUUCGACUUUCCUACUGGCGUCGGGUAUUGCAAUCGGUAUUAUACUCCAGAACGGUCCUGAAGCGUUCACCUUUUUCUACGAUAAAUGGGUCGGCUUCGUCACUGCAUCUUUCCUGAUGGCGUUUAUUCAAGCCCUUUAUGCAUAUGUUAUGUCAUUCCGCCAAGGCAAGCUUUUGGCCUUGGGUGGAAAUACAGGAAACUUUCUUUAUGAUUUCUUCAUUGGCCGUGAGCUCAACCCUACUAUUGGCUCAUUUGACAUCAAAUCUUUCAAUGAGGUCCGCCCCGGACUUAUACUAUGGACUUUGCUUGACCUUAGCAUGGUCUGUGAACAAGCUGUCCGAAGGGGAGGUUUUGGCAACGUCACGGAUUCUAUGUGGCUCGUCCUGCUUUUCCAAGGUGGGUAUGUUGCGGACUGUCUGUACAACGAGCCUGCCAUUUUUACCACUAUGGAUAUCAUCACCGACGGUUUUGGGUUCAUGCUCUCAGUCCCCAUGGCGUGGGUCCCAUUCACGUACUCCCUUCAAGCAAGAUAUCUUGCGUUCAGGCCGCUUGAACUUGGUCCCUUCUUAACCAUCGCUAUCUUCAUGGUGAAUGCAAUCGGUUACUACAUCUUCCGAGUGGCCAAUAGUGAGAAGAAUGAUUUCCGGAACGGAAGGAACCCAAAAAAUCUCAAAUAUUUUACUACUGCCUCUGGUUCUAAAUUAUUGACUUCUGGAUGGUGGGGUCGUUCUCGGCAUCCUAACUAUUUCGGCGAUCUUCUUAUGGCUUUGGCUUGGUCACUUCCUACAGGGUUCGACACGCCUAUCACAUAUUUCUAUGGCUCGUUUUUCCUGAUCUUGUUGAUCCAUCGCCAAAUCCGGGACGAUGAUAAUUGUAAGAGAAAGUACAACAAGAAGACUGAUUUGGUUUCAGAUACGGGGGAGGACUGGGAAGAAUAUAAGAAAAUGGUUCCCUACCGCAUCAUACCGUAUGUUUACUGA